AUGCCUACGAGCUCCCGGAAUCAGAAAUCAACUUCAUCCAUCGACAAGACCUUUGCUUCUUCUGAUAAGACAUCCCCCAAAGGAACGAAAAGCCUCACUCCCCAGGCUACAGAAGACAAUACGGUUACUGAAAGCGAACCUGGUUCCCUCUGGGACAAAGCAUAUGACGCCUUGAGACAAGAACAUCCUGAUACGUGGGCCGCCUACGAGGGUCUUUUGUCUCGAGUACUCACCGAAGCACCGCAAAAUUCGAUAUCGGACUCAGAAUGUGAAGCAGAUAGUAGCGAUGUCAGAAACCAGAUUCCCCAGCAUGACGUGACAGCCCGUCGAGAGAAACUAAAACAUAUAGCUGAGCUGGGCCUCAACCACAUUGAAGACGGGAGACUCAAAUCGACAAUCUUUGGAAAAGAGAUGAGCCUGCAAGAUACGGUGGGAAAUUUCGCCCACGGUGUAGAUUGGAUCCAAGCCUAUGCCAGAGAUGCGCUCAAGGAUGUUCCUUUUGCACCGGUUGCGAUGGCAGGAAUUUCAAUAUUGCUUGUUUUUCUGAGAAAUCCAGCCGUCGUCGAUGCUGAUAAUCAGGAGGGUCUCAGAUAUGUCAGCUCGCAAAUCCGUUUCUAUGCUGAGAUGGAGCCGUAUUUCCUCUCUCAGUCUAUGACGGACAGUUUGAAGGAUGAAAUCAUGAAGAGUUUGAUAGACUUAUACAAACUGGUGAUCAACUUCCAAGUGCAAAGCGUGCUGAGGUUUUAUAGCAGCUCGGGCAAGAGAUACAUCAAGGACGUCACCAAGUAUGACAGCUGGGACGCUCAAGUGGAGUCAAUCAAGAAGACAGAAAGUUCUCUGCAUCAGAAUGCCGGGAAGGCAUUGAGUGGUGCGAGUCUACGACAACUUGAAAAGAUCCAAGAGGAAAGUCGGAGAUCACGCAAGACCUUGGAAACUAUAUCCAACCAUGCCCAGGCAGUUGAAAAACAUAUGUCUGACGCCGAGUAUCGACGAUGCCUUGCAAAUCUCAAGGCCACGAAUCCCAUUGACGACAAAGAACGAAUUGAGGAUGACAAAGGUGGUCUUCUCGAAGACUCAUACCGCUGGGUACUCGAGAAUGACCAGUUCAAAACCUGGAGGCAUACUAGCCGUGGCCUUCUCUGGAUCAAAGGAGACCCUGGCAAAGGCAAGACAAUGUUGCUUUGCGGAAUCAUCAACGAAUUACCCACGCAGGGCACCAACAUCGCGUUCUUUUUCUUUCAAGAAAGUAACCAGGACAUCAGCAAUGCUACCGCGGUCUUACGGGGACUGAUAUCUAUGCUUGUGAAGCAGCAACCCUCACUUCAGAGUCAUGUUGGCGAAGGGCCCUUUGAAGGACAAAACGCCUGGUUUGCAUUACGGAAAGUACUUAUCGAUAUUCUCAAAGACCCGGUGUUGCAAGAGACCUACCUGGUUAUCGACGCGCUUGACGAGUGUACAAGAGAUCAGGAUAAGCUUCUGAGGUUUCUAGUUGAAAUCUCAUCGAAUUGGCACGUCAAGUGUCUAAUCUCAAGUCGCAACUUGCCGAGUAUUGAGAAAGACCUCCAUGAUGCAAAGCAAACACGAUUGAUUCUCGAAGACGAGAGCAUUCGAUUAGCUGCUGUUGAUUCUUUCAUUCAGCAUAAGAUCAAUGCCCUAGCAAAAAGAAACGGUUACAGCCCCGAACUGCGACACAGGGUUCAAGAUCACCUCGUUCUUAAUGCAAAUGGCACGUUUCUUUGGGUCGCCUUGGUUUGCAAGCAACUCGCGAAAAUUGCAAAGAGACACGUUCUGGCAAAGCUGGAAGAAUACCCUUCCGGCCUGAAUGACCUUUACAAGCGAAUGUUGGACCAAAUCAUUGAGUCGGAGGAUGCUGAGAUCUGUAAGACUCUUCUCGGCGUCGCCACGGCCGUUUACCGCCCUCUCACAUUGGAUGAGAUACCGUCUUACAUUCAAUUGUCUGAAGAUGAGGCAAAUGAUCUAGAAGACAUCAUAGGAAACUGUGGUUCUUUCUUGUCUCUGCGAGGACACACAAUCUCGUUAGUUCACCAGUCAGCCAAAGACUUUUUCCUGCAAAUGGAGUCUGAUAUGAUAUACCCUGAUGGCGUUGAUAAUGUGCACUAUAAUAUUUUCUCGAGAUCUCUACAGACCAUGGAAUUGAACCUGCGACGUGAUAUCUACAGUAUAAAUGACCCCGGGUAUCCAAUUCAGGGGAUCAAGAGGCCAGAUCCAGACCCUUUGGCCGCAAUCCGGUAUGGGGUUGUCCACUGGGUUGAACAUAUGGACGCAUGCUAUUCCAGCCAAAUUUUGAACAAAGACCUUCAAGAUGGUGGCUCACUCGAUCGUUUCCUACAGCGGAACUAUCUUCAUUGGCUAGAAGCCCUGAGCAUUCUUGAAAGCAUCACCGAAGGCAUAGCAUCCAUACUCAAGCUUGAAAGCUUACUUCAGAAAAUUGGCGAGCCACAAGUUCUUUUGCACCGAGUCUCAGAUGCCGCUCGAUUCUUUCAGUACAACAAAGUCGCCAUCGAGAGCAGUCCACUUCAGGUCUACAGUUCACCUCUUAUUUUCAGCCCAAUGCAAAGCAUGACAAGAACUUGCUAUCAAGCGCAAAGUCCAAGCUGGAUUUUGAACACGCCAGAAGCAGAGAAGAGCUGGAGUACCUGUCUCCAAACCCUGGAGGGCCAUACUCGGGAUGUCACCUCAGUUGUCUGGUCACCAGAUGGAAGCCAAAUUGCAUCUGCGUCCUGGGACAAGACUGUCAGAACCUGGAACCCCGUCACUGGUCAUUGUGCGUUGACCUUCCAGGGAAGCAAUGGAAUGUCCAGCUCGAUUGCCUGGUCACAGGGCCAGCUUGCGUUAGCCGAUGACAAGACAAUUAAGAUCUGGAAAACUGGUACCGCCCAAUGCAAACUUCUCAAUGGGCAUCGUUACAAUGUCACAUCAAUUGCAUGGCUGCAAGACGAAUGCAAGCUCGUUUCAGCGUCUUCUGAUGCGACCCUGAGAAUCUGGGAUACUACCACUGAACAGUGCGUGCAAGUCCUCGAAGGACACACCGCUCCGGUCAUCUCGAUAGCUCUAUCACAAAAUCAACUUGCUUCGGGUUCAGCUGGCGGAACUGUGAAAGUUUGGGAGCUAAACACUUAUCACUGCAUUUCAACCUUUGAGGGAUAUAACAAGCACCCUGGCUCACUUGUCUGGUCACCAGAUGGCAGUCGACUCGCAUCAGCAGCCAUGGAUCAUAAAGUCACCAUAUGGAACUCGACCAGCCAAUGCAACUUAAUGCUCCAAAAGCAUACCGAUUCAGUUCGUUCAUUAGCCUGGUCAAAAGAUGGGAGCAGACUCGCGUCAGCAUCCCGGGACAAGACUAUCAAUAUUUGGGAUACAAACACUGGUCAAAAUGUAUUCACCCUCGACGGGCACAAUGAUAUAGUCAACUCAGUUUCCUGGUCAUCAGACGGAAACCGACUCGCAUCAGGAGCUCUAUAUGGAAAACUCAUAAUUUGGGAUACAAUCAGCGGCCAGGAAUUGUCAACUUUCGAGGGACAUACUGGAACAAUUGAGUCACUUGCCUGGUCACCAAACGGAAGUCGACUUGCAUCAGGGGCUUCAGAUCACACCGUCAGGAUCUGGGAUACGUCUACCAAUCUCCACGCCCAAAUGGUAGAAAGAGGCCGUAAAAUCCACUCGAUUUGCUGGUCGCCAGAAGGAAGUCGACUUGCAACUGCAUUCUCAAACAAGACGGUCAAAAUCUGGGACCCGGAAACCAGCCAGUGUAUAUCAACGCUCGAGGUUGAUAGCGGAUUGGCCGUCUCAGUCGCUUGGUCACAAGAUGGAAACCGACUCGCAUCAGCGUGCUUUGGCGAUAUAGUCAAUAUCUGGGAUCUGACGACCGAAAAGUGCAUCUCAAUGCCUCAAGACGAAUCUUUUGAUGUACUUGGCCUAUAUGGAUUCAAACUUGACCAACUGCUCGGUAUCAUAAUGCCGAGUGCCUUUGCCAAACCAUCACCAAAGGAACAUGGGUAUGGAUUGAAUAAUGAUAUGUCCUGGAUAGCCCAUGAUGGGGUCAAUAUUCUUUGGCUACCACCUGAGUAUCGACCCGCCAGUCAUGAGCUGUUCGCCAUGUCUGCGAGCACUGCGGCUAUUGGUUGUUCAUCGGGUCGUAUCAUCUUCCUCAAAUUCUCGAACACUCAUAUGCCUUUGGGUCAUUGUCACCGAGCAUUGGUUCAAAAUGAACAGGCAUCGGAAACGGGUUUGACGUUGCUAUAG